CAGAAAGGUCGAGAAGUCUCUUCACACCAAUCACCAAAGUCACCAUCCAUGGCUGCCUCAUCCGCACUCUGCAACUUGUUCUCCCUCCUCAGCCCCUCAAAGGCACCGCAACCCAAACUCCCACCGACCCAGCUCUCCAUUUUACAGACCCAGAAGCCCAGAGACCGGCUGGUUCCACUGGCUGCCCAAGGGGCCCACUCUGCUUCUUCUUCUUCGUCGAUAGAGUCUGUGAUUUGCCCUUCUCUGGCUUACGCCAACGUCCUCUUCUUCAAGUCGGCGUACAAUGUGCAGGUGAUUGUCGACGACAACGAGCCCGAGGAGCGGCUGCUCGGCAGGUUUCGGCGGGAGGUCAUGAAGGCCGGCGUUAUUCAGGAGGUUAAGAGGAGGAGGUACUUUGAGAACAAGCAGGAUGAGAAGAAGCGCCGGACCCGCGACGCCGCGAAGCGAAACAAGAGAAGCCGGCGACCCUUCUCGAGGCCCUUUCAGCAGAAGCCAGAAGUCCCUGAAGCCAAGAAGAGCGAUGAUGACGGAGAUAACUGGGAUCUUCCUCAAGGAGACAUACCCUACUGACCACAUUCUACCCGGCCUUUGAUUUGUAGGAAUAUCUACGCUUGAUUUAGAGAGGCUAUGGUCCAUGUAAGUUGUAUAAGAGUUGCAUUCAGUUCAGUUGUUCUUCGAUUGACUCCAAUCUAAACCGAUCCCAUAUCUUAAUUUUAUCAAGUAAAAAACUUUCAUUCUUGCUUCUGUAUAAGGAUACUUAAUGUGAAAUAUCCAAUGCUUUUGUCUA